AUGGCGUGCUGUUUCGGGGAUCCCCCGGUUCGCGAGCUAUCUGAAGACAGCUCUUAUUCCUCAGCUGAGAAUUCAAUAAGUUCCAAAACAGCAGUGAGGUCAUCUACUACCAUGAAUCUUUCUAGCUCUAAAACAACAUGAAGUCAGUUGCUUGAAGAGAGAAGUGUACAAAGCAGCAGCAAUUCUGAUUUUGUGUUUGGAGAAAACAUGGUUGAGAGAUUUCUUAUUUCCCCUGUUUUUUUCUAGAGCCCUGAAAAGCAUCCCAAGUCAUAUAAUGAAGCUGAUUCAUGCAAAGGAGAAAUAACAUCCAUGUACAUAGAAUCUUUUCAUGUUAGUCCACAAACAAAAACAGCUUUGUUGAGGAAUGCAACACUAAUCGAAUCAGCAGCUGCUUAUAUUUCCAAGCCAGUGGAGAAAAUUCUGUUAGAUAAAGUUGAAGUUAUAACUGGAGAAGAAUCAGAACACAAUGUAUUACAGAUCAACUGUAAGCUCUUUGUAUUUAAUAAGCUUUCUUUGACCUGAAUUGAAAGAGGCAGAGGAUCCCUGAGGCUUAAUGACACUUCUAGCAAUAAAUGUGGAAUGUUGCAAUCGAGGCUAAUUAUGCGAAAUCAAGGCAGCUUGAGACUGAUUCUCAACACCCGACUCUGGGAUCAAAUGGUGAUAAAAAGAGCAAACAAAAAGAGCCUGUGCUUCACUGCAACAGACCAAGAGGACCACUCUGUUCAAGUAUUUCUAAUUCAGGCAAGCUCAAAAGAUGCUGGAUACCUGUAUGCAGCAAUACAUCACCACCUUGUGGCAUUGCGAAGCUUUGCUGAGCAAGAACCAGAUGCUAAUCAAGUAGACACAGAGUCAGAAAUAGCUUUUCAGCCAUUAAACUGUGAUAGCAAUGAUGAUGAAAAAAUAACUCAAGUGAGCAGCAGUGGAUCUGGUGUCCUCUCUUUCCUGGCAUGGAAUUUUCUUUUAGAAGCUAUUAGGGUGAAUUCAAAGAUGCUGGAGUCUGGGACUAGGUAA